AUGUCCACCGCUACUGAUAAGCGUGAGCGCCCUGCUCCUGACUCUGAUGACUCAGCGUCGGAGUCCCCCGCCGACAAGCAGCUCCGCCUUGAGUCGGAGAGUGAAGAUGAGGCUUCCCGCGCCCCGCUCCCGCUGUCGUCUGACGACGAGUGGGGGGUAGUUGGUAGUUGGCCGUGGUUGCACCCGCGGCCGCAGGAGGAGGCAGAAAGACUUGUUGAUACCUUUGUGUCCCGUGCUGCCUCUGUGAGAUUUACCACCACCACCAGGGAACUGCAGAGGACGGCGUACCCGGCGAGAAUGAGGGCCUUCAGGGACGCCUGUAGUGAAGGACAUGCCACCGACGCCCCCAUACAACUCCAUGAGCUAGAGAAGGUCAUCCCUGAUACCGACACCUUCCCAGGGGAAGACAAAAUCCCGUACGCCUUCCUUCGCCACGCUGGGUUUGCCAUGCUUGAUGAAAUUGUUAACCUAUUCAACGCCUCCUACUCACGCGGUACUGUCCCUGCAACCUGGAAAACUGCCAUCAUCGUCCCCAUCCCCAAGAGCGGUGACGGAGGUGAGUUCCCCCCCAUCUCCCUCCUGAGCUGCUUGGGGAAGACGAUGGAGAGGAUUCUUCUCUCUCGCCUUCGGUGGGCGAUGGGCGCCCUUCACCACCACCUGAUUGCCUUCCGCCGGGGCAUGGGCACCAGAGAUUGUGUGUCCACCCUCCUCUCUGGUGUCUUGGGUAGACAGGCUGUGGUGGUGUUCCUCGACCUGGAGAAGGCGUUCGAGCUGGCCUCGGUGCCUGCUGUGCUGUCCAUCCUUGCCGAGAAGGGCGUGCGGGGCCGCCUGCUGGCAUGUAUUGGCCAGUACCUCCAGGAUCGGAGGGCGGCAGCACAUUUCCAGGGCUGCAGGUCCACAACUCGGGCCUUCGAAAACGGAACGCCACAGGUUGGGGUCCUGAGUCCCGUACUCUUUAACAUGCUUGUGGAGAAGCUGAAGGCCAUGCCCUACAGCCGGUACGCACAGGUCCUGUCUUACGCUGACGACGUGGCCAUGGUGGUUUCCGGCCCGAACCACGUGGCCAGUGCUCGUUUCCUCCUCCGCCGCCUGUCACAGACCUGUGCGUCUCUCGGGCUCGUAAUAAACCGGGGAAAGAUGAAGGCCAUGGCUAUCCACCACCGUUGCCUCCCCGAGCCCCUCGAUCUUGACGGCACACCUGUUCCCUGGGUGCACGUCUACAAAUAUCUUGGCGUCACCCUGGAUUCCAGGCUCUCCUUCGCCCCCUAUCUCAACCACCUUCGUCAAGCCAUGGUGACCCGCACCAACAUCAUGCGGUCCCUGGCGAGGACUGCCGGAGGUGCCAGCGACCGUGUCCUACGGCUGUUUUAUCUCCAGGCAGUGAGGGCCUGUGUUGACUACGGGACGCCAUGCCUCAUGACGGUAGACCCUGCUGCACUCCAGCCUCUGGAAACGGCCCAGAAUGCGGCGAUCCGCACCAUCCUAAGGGCCCCUCGGUGGACCAAAUGCAUAUGCAUGAGGGCGGAGAUGCGGAUUAGCACUGUUGCCACGAGGGUCAAUCAGCUCGCCGUCGGCCACCUGGUAACGCUGCUGCGCCGCAGGAGGUCGGAACCGCUGCGGGCCUCGGUGGAACAGGCCCUCCAUCAGGCCCCUCUCCUCUUUCGCAGGAAAACGUGGGCGAGUGUGGCAGCGACCAAACUCAGGUCCACCAGCCUCUCCCGGUGUUUCCUGAUGGCCCAAGAUCUGCCCCACCCUAGCUACACCACACCUCCCCCGUGGGCACCAGCCACCUUCACGGCCACCAUCAAGCCACUUCCUGUGAAAAAGGCCCUACUGACACCGCACCGCCUAGCGCGGGAGGCCAGGAACAGAGAAACGGAGGCAGCCCGGCCCAUAGCAGGCACCUACUACACAGACGGCUCAGUAAAUCACCUCACUGGGGCUGUCGGGGCGGCAUUCAUCACGGCGGGCCACGCCGAGAUGGUCCGGCUGCCUGACGGCUCCUCCUCAACCCAGGCGGAGCUUGUAGCGCUGAACAGGGCGCUGGGACAUGCAGUUGAGUGGGGCAGGGGCCCGGUCCUGGUACACUGCGACUCGGUGCCGGCCAUACGAUCGCUGUACCAGGACCCACUGAAUGACAACGUCUCCCUCCUCACGGGCAUCCACGCCCGGUUGCAGGAACUGGGGAGAGCCGGCCGUCAAGUCCAUUUAAACUGGUUGCCCAGCCAUGCAGGCGUGGUGGGCAACGAUGCUGCUGACCGCGCUGCCGGAGAGGCCACACUGCUGCCCAGCGUAACAUGCCCCGUCUCCCCGAGCGUGUCACUGCUCAAGCGAGACAUGGAGGCCCAUACCUCGGCGGGUGUCGUUCGGGCCCUUGCAGAGGCCUUGGCGGCCGGCUCACCGUCUGCGCACUGGUAUGCCUUGGCGACGGGCUCCGGCAGCCGUCGGCUCCCAUUAGGCGUCCCCAGGCGAGUGGCCUCCAACCUCCACCGCCUGCGCCUCGGGUACCGGUGUUCCUCGCUCCUGGACAUCGACGACCCGGUCCCGGUGGACUGCCCUUACUCCGCCGUGGUUUCUUCAGGCCGAAUCUGGUUUGUGGUGCAUGCACAACCGAUACGCAAGGGCUCCCCAAUCGAGUGGUUCGUCUUGGCUUGCUUCGGGCCCGUGUGGCGUAGAGGGGACAUUUCUCCGAGUCACCCACUCACCCACUCCCCCACUCCCUCCUCCUCCCGCGCCCUCUGCGACUCCCCAACACAUCCUGCCGAGUCCUCCCCCAUUCCCCCGCCCUCCCGCCACUAG